GGUAAAAACUUACACCAAAACAAUGGCCAACGCCUCGUUCUCUGGUUUCAUCGCCGCCACUCUCCUCCUGAUCUCGACCGCCUCAGCCACCACGUUCGAGAUCCGUAACCAAUGCACGUACACCGUUUGGGCCGCCGCUAGUCCUGGAGGCGGCCGCCGUCUAGACCCCGGCCAGUCGUGGACGCUAAACGUGGAUAUUAAGACAAGUUCUAAUAGGAUUUGGGGUCGGACCGGCUGCAACUUCGACUCUUCUGGUCGUGGUCGGUGCCAGACAGGUGACUGUGGUGGUGUGUUACAGUGCACUGGUUGGGGCCAACCGCCGAACACGUUGGCCGAAUAUGCUCUGAACCAGUUCAACAACUUAGAUUUCUAUGAUAUGUCACUUGUAGAUGGAUUCAACAUCCCUAUGGAUUUCAGCCCUACAAACGGGAACUGCCACCGAAUACUAUGCAAUGCCGACAUCAACGGGCAGUGUCCGAACGUACUGAGAGCACCAGGUGGGUGUAACAAUCCGUGUACGGUAUUCAAAACCAACGAGUAUUGUUGUACGAACGGACCAGGAUCAUGUGCUCCGACCACUUAUUCGAAAUUCUUCAAAGACCGAUGCCCCGAUGCUUACAGUUACCCGCAAGACGACGCCACGAGCACUUUUACUUGCCCCGGCGGAUCUACCAAUUACAGGGUCGUGUUUUGUCCUAGAGGCAGCGGGUUUCCUAUAGAAAUGGUCACCCAAUAAUAUACGAAAUGAUGCGUCGUCUAAUCAUGUGUAUCUGCCUGCAUACGUAUAUAUGUAUACGUGCAUGGAAUUUACGCACGUCUGUACCAUGUACGUACAUCCAUGGAUAUUAAUGAAUGAAAUAAGACUGUGUUGGUAACGAUUUCUUA